UACGAGAAGACCACUUGGAUUUUGAGAUUUUGCCUUCUUUCUUUGCCUUUUGUUCCCCCAUCAGAGAGGAAGUGCUCUGUUCCUUCAAUGGCUCCACUGUCAAGGUUGCCAAGGCGCAAAGAUGCCGCUCGCUGGCCGAGGAUGUCGUCAACUUUCUGGGCUGUGGUGCUCCUGACGGCGCUGCUGGUCCUCUACUGCGGCCAGCUGGCAGCGGGGACAUGUGAGAUUGUGACGCUGGACAGGGACAGCAGCCAACCACGGCGGACCAUCGCCAGGCAGACAGCCCGCUGCGCCUGUAAGAAGGGCCAGAUCGCUGGAACUACAAGAGCCAGGCCUGCCUGUGUGGACGCUGGUAUUGUUCGGAAAAAGCAGUGGUGUGAGAUGGUGCCGUGCUUGGAGGACGAAGGCUGUGACCUGUUAGUCAAUAAAUCUGGCUGGACUUGUACACAGCCCGGAGGCCGAGUCAAAACCACCACGGCUCUAUGACGCGACAAGAGUCCCCUUCGACACUCUUGCACUAUGGAGAGCAUUGAUGACCCCUUGACAGACAGCCAAAAACCAUCUCACACCACCAACACCAUCCUACCGACACUACCACCAUCACAGCACCUCCAACCAAACCCUGGUCCCGCAAAGGCAGGAAGCAGCACAAGCAACUGCAGAACACCAGGGGCCUCAUGGAAGUGGAAAGGUCUCAUAACACAGCCAGAGGCAGGACAGCCAGGGAAGGACUGUUUUUGGGAGCGAGCUUUCCCCUGGACACUGGAACAACUCCUCGCUGUGAAACACCUUCUAUUAUCUGUCACUGGCUCCUCCUGGUGUGUGAGCGCUCUCUUCUGCUAUCUGUCGUCGGGUCAAAAUGUCACAUCCACCUUCUCUCCACUCUAUCUGCCUGCUCUGUAACGUUAGCAGCGCCUGCUCGUGCCACGGAGGAUCGGUGACCUUAAAAUCCCAUGAAUGCAGGUUUUUUUUUGCCUCAUCGGAAGUCCACUGUUUAACUUUGGGAUUUCCCACAUCACAACCAAGGAGCUCAAAGCAGGAUCAUUGCAGACCGGACCUGGACCCUGUAGCUGCUCAAGAUCACCUCAUGAGGCCGUGAAAACCGAACGCUCUGCUGUGAAUAGGCCUUCUGCUGGAGUAAACCUCCCAUAUUUUUAUAGACCAAAGAGCAAAACAACAAAAAUGAUCAUCCUG